AUGACUGCCGAAGAAGGUGCCUCUUACGGUGAACAACUCAUCGAAGCUGCUCGUAGAAACAACACAGAUCUCUUUGAAGAUCUUCAGAAAGAAACAACAGAUCUUGCAGAAUUAAUAAACACAGCUACUGAUCCUCUUGGAAAUUACGCUCUCCACCUUGCGGCUUUUAACGGCUCAUACGAAAUGCUUGACCACCUGUUGGAUGUAGAAGGUGUCGAGGUUGACCCUAUAAAUAGAGUAUACAAGGAUACUCCACUACACUCUGCUGUCCGUUAUGCUGUAAAUGAACCUGAACAUGGUGCAUUUUUAGCUGAGAUGCUGAUUGACGCUGGCGCUGAUCCUACAAUCAAGAACAAAGACGGAAAAAAGGCAAUUGACUUGGCUGAUGAAUCCAAUCAGCAACUAAUAGACAUUUUGCAAGGUGCAGAGCUUGCUCGUGAAGUCCCUAUUGAAGAACUCGACCAACCGGAGACUAUGGAAGGUGAAGAUAGUGGAGAAGAAUCUGAAUAA